UGUUAAAAAAAUUGCGACAGAAAUAUUCCAUCUCUUAAAAGCACCAGUAAACUAUUAUGCACAAUUAAAUUAUUGUACAUACUGCGUAUACACAUAAUUAUUACCCAAAGUAUCUACUUGUCCUCUCCUCACUCGGGUACCAUUUUCCUUCAAAAGUCUCGCACAGCAGAAAAAAUAUUCCUUCGAUAAAUUGACGAUAAUUCAACAACGGCGCAAUAAAUAAUUUCUGUUACAUCCACGCCUCUCUCAAAUUCUUCACUUUGGGUCACCAAAGGUCACUCCCCGUGCCAAUCAAUUCAUCCUCAACGUCAUCAACAAAUUGCCAAACACACCGCGUCAUCCUCUUCUUCCUUCAUGUUUAAUUGCAAUUAAAUACAUUACACGUCGUCAAAUUUAAGUAAAUCAACACACGCAUCGUCUCGUGCAUAUCAGACGUGCGACGCUAUUUAAUUGCUCAAUUUACUAUACACAUCACUGCACAUCCUUGUGUACGUGGUCGUCCAAAGAAAUACCGAGUCAAGACUCACAUUCUGCUCUUACGUAAUCAGACCAGGGCAUAUUUUUCCGCUUUAUUUACGCAAACUUAAUCCAAAAAUCUGUUCAUUCAUUGAACAAAAGCCCAACUGAGAACAGCGUUUCAAUAAAAAUAGAAGAGUUCAUUUUGAAAUAAACAGAAACCAGUGUAAACUUUACAGUGUGUAUAAAAAGCUAUCACCCAAUAAGUUAUCGUUUUGUGGAAAAAGUGAAAUUUUCCAAAAAACUCGAAAAGUAAAUUUCUUAACAAAAAUGCGUUUCAAUCACAGCAUGUCCAACGGAAGGACGAGCGUGCCUUCGGUUUCGAUUAGUGUGGACCAGACAAAUAUCGCGAAAGGCGGAGGCCUUGACAUCCUGCGCGUCGUGAGACCAGCAUGGACCUCCUCAGAGAUCAAGUCAAAGGUAUUCACCGACGGCUUAUCCAACAUUAUCUGGGGGUUCUUCGUACCUUCCAAUCCGGAAGAUAUGGUGAUUAUUAAAGUCUUCGGAUCCCACACGGGCUCGCUGAUCGACAGGAAGGCCGAAAUCGAAACCAUGAUGAUUCUGCACGACCGCAAGUGCGGCGCAGAAUUGUACGCCACAUUCGACAACGGGAUCUGCUACGAGUUCAUGAACGGGUCGACGCUGGAGGUGGAAGACUGCGCUAAACCGGAAGUGUUCCCCCUCGUCGCCGCGGAAAUGGCGCGGAUGCACUCCUCCCUACAAAACAAGAAUAAGAACAAGACCGUCCUCAACGAGAACAUCUUGUCCCAGGAUAAGAACAAGAAGAACGGAACGACGACGACGACUUCCGGAAUGACGACGAGUCCACUUUGGAAGAAAAUGAGACAAUUCAAUAAACUGGCAGAGGAAUCUAUGCAGAACGACGCCUCUCUUCGGGAACGUCUUUCAGCAGUCGGGGUGACGCCGGGCUGGGCGUCUGGAGCCAUAUCCGCGCUGCACGACCUUCUCACGCCUGCGCGAAUGCCGGUCACGUUUUGUCACAACGAUUUAAUUCCGCGCAACAUCGUCUACAACGACAAAAAGAAGCGCGUGACCUUCAUCGAUGUCGAGUAUGCCAUGCCAAACUAUCCCGCCUUUGACGUGGCGAAUCACUUCCUCGAAUUCGCAGGCGUUCCAGAGCUCAACUAUUCGAAAUGUCCUGGGAAAGAGUUUCGUCUCCGUUGGAUUUCCGAGUACUUGGCGAACCUGCGCCUUGACUGGGAGGGGGGCAAGGUCAUCACGGAGGAGGAGUUCAACCACUGGGUUGACCUCUGCACCCCUGCCUCACACCUCUUCUGGGGCUUGUGGGCCAUCCAUCAAGCCAGACAUUCCACCAUUCAGUUCGACUAUGUGCAAUAUGUCGGAAAGAGAUUUGCCGAGUUUACCAAGUGCAUGAAAACAUUAACGGAGGAGAAGAAUGAGAAGAUUUAAUAUUUCAUUACCAUUUUAAAAAUAAAUAGUCUAGUAAUUAUUUAUGUAAAUGAAGUUGAUUAUCUGUGACACAUGUUUUUUAUUAACCUACAUAUAGCGACUCGUUUUAAAAAAUGAGGAAAAAUUUGACUUAGACAUAUCUAAAUGGCGAUAAUUUUAUAGAUGAGAGAUUUUUGUAAAGAGUAAUAAAAUCAAAACCAUAAUAAAAAACAAGUACUUUAUAAACCGUU